GUUCAAUCGUUAUUACGUGUUCUCCACUCAGUGUGUACUGAGAUUGUCAUUCACCGAGUAUCCUGACCAGCAUAAUCACGUGUUAUAUCACGUGAUUUCAGAGUUGGGCAAAGCUGAAAGUCGCAAUCACUCGAUAUAACGCCCAACCUUGCGCACCCCUUGACCUACAUUCAUCGCUGAGACUAUUUCUAUCAACUAAUUACACCAAUGAUUCCACGUAUUCUACGCCCUGAUUAUACAUGGCCGCGACCCAUAACCUCCACGGUCUCGACGAUAACGCCACCUGUUCCCCAUGUCCCGUGCAGAACCAUCCGAAUAGUAUGGGGCAUCUUGCACAAGUUACUAUACUGCUUCUCUUAUUGGUAUUGCUCCUGGUUUAGGAUCCAUUUUGAUGCCAACGUCGUGCAAUUGCCGUUCGGUCUCGUUAUGAAAUGGACGGAUCGGACGAGUAUCGAAGAGGUGGUCUCUAUGCAAAUGGCAGAUGCUGCCGGUAUUCCUGUUCCCAAGGUUCUAUGUUGUGGUGAACAUCCAAAAGCUCCAUUCAACAGAAGGAUCUCCAUACUAAUGACCCGGCUGCCUGGUGUACCUCUUGAUAAUUCAGAUGAUGAAUUGCAGAGUGACUCCGAGGAGCCGUGGUUAGAGGAGCUUAAAAUGUGUAUGCAUUCUAUGCGUCUAUGGACUCCUCCAAGUCCGGAUUCCAUCUGCUCUCCUAUAGGGACGUCCCUACGAAGCUCAAGGGUUCCUGAUCAUAUAAUGGGACCUUUCACAGAUCAGAUACAGUUUUUCGAAUAUCUAAUUUCUCCCGCUUCAUCCCAUGGAUUCGACUCCAGGUUCGAAUUUGAGAAUGCUCUAGCACUUGCAAAGAAACUUUCACAGCACAAGUACCGAAUCACGUUCACUCAUGGCGAUUUCAAGGCUCAUAAUAUUCUCGUUGAUGACAAUGGGCAUUUAUCUGGGUUUCUGGACUGGGAAUGUGCGGGAUGGUACCCAGAGUACUGGGAAUUUACAACGGCGAUGCGAUUUGGAAAAGGAAGCUGGUGGUUUCAAGUAGCUUCUUGGAUGGGGGGGGAUGAUUAUUCCAAUGAGCUGGAUUCGGACAUUGCUUUGAACCUAUUGACAGUUGACUCGUACAUAGCAAUUUAACUUGUGACGUAUCCGAGACUAGCUUCUCAGAUACUUGAUUGGAGAGCAUCUAUCGCGAUUCCAAGGUCAAUACGUGUGCAACGACUCGUA